ACAGGGAAGUCACGCGACUGCACGUGACGGCGCAGGCGCUCAGGAAGGGAGGAGGUGGAGCGCAGGCCCUAGGCUGCUGUCACAGUGUAGUAGGCAAGAUGGCAACGGAACGGGAGCCGCCUCCUCUGGGAGAGGGGAAACAAACCGACUUUGAGGAAUUGGAGGAGGGCGAAGAUCUCUUCACAAGCACAGUGUCCACCAUGGAGUCCAGCCCGUCUUCUCCUGAGCCAGCCAGUCUUCCCACAGAAGAUAUCAGUACAAAUUCUAAUGGCCUAAAACCCACAGAAGUGAUUCUUAGUGAUGACAGAGAAGAUCUUUUUGCUGAAGCUACAGAUGAAGUCUCCCUGGAUAGUCCUGAGAGGGAGCUUAUACUUUCCUCAGAACCCAGCCCUGCUAUCACUCCUGUAACACCCACAUCACUCAUUACUCCACGGAUGGAAGCUAUUAAUAUUUCUGCACCUGUUAUUUAUGAUCGCUCAAGAGAUGAGAUUGAAGAGGAAGCAAAUGGAGAUUUCUUUGAUGUUGAAAUUGGUGUUUCAGACCCAGAAAAAGUUGGGGAUGGAAUGAAUGCUUAUAUGGCAUACAGAGUAACCACCAAGACCUCCCUGUCUAUGUUCACCAACAACGAAUUCUCUGUGAAGAGAAGGUUUAGUGACUUCCUUGGCCUUCAUAGUAAACUAGCAGCAAAAUACAUGCACAUUGGAUAUAUUGUUCCUCCAGCUCCAGAGAAAAGUAUUGUAGGUAUGACUAAAGUAAAGGUAGGAAAAGAGGACUCUUCAUCCAAUGAAUUUGUUGAAAAGAGAAGAGCUGCGUUAGAAAGAUAUCUACAACGAACAGUCAAACAUCCCACACUGUUGCAAGAUCCUGAUGUCAGGCAGUUCUUGGAAAGCUCUGAGCUGCCGAGAGCGGUUAGCACCCAGGCAUUGAGUGGAGCAGGAUUAUUGAGGAUGGUAAACAAAGCUGCGGACGCUGUCAACAAAAUGACAAUCAAGAUGAAUGAAUCGGAUGCAUGGUUUGAAGAAAAGCAGCAGCAAUUUGAAAAUCUAGAUCAGCAACUUAGAAAACUACAUGCAAAUGUGGAAGCCUUGGUGUGCCACCGCAAAGAGUUGUCCCUUAAUACAGCUGCGUUUGCCAAGAGUGCUGCUAUGCUGGGAAAUUCUGAGGAUCACACCGCUUUGUCCAGAGCAUUGUCUCAGCUUGCAGAGGUAGAAGAGAAGAUUGACCAGCUACAUCAAGAGCAGGCGUUUGCUGACUUUUACGUGUUUUCAGAACUUUUAAGUGACUAUAUUCGACUUAUUGCUGCUGUUAAGGGUGUUUUUGACCAGCGAAUGAAGUGCUGGCAAAAAUGGCAAGAUGCCCAAAUGAAUUUACAGAAGAAACGCGAGGCGGAAGCCAAGCUUCAGAUUGCCAACAAGCCUGACAAACUGCAGCAAGCAAAAGAUGAAAUCAAAGAGUGGGAAGCAAAAGUUCAACAAGGAGAACGAGAUUUUGAACAGAUCUCUAAAACAAUUCGCAAGGAAAUAGGAAGAUUUGAGAAAGAUCGUGUGAAAGACUUUAAAACAGUUAUCAUCAAGUACUUAGAAUCAUUAGUACAAACACAACAACAGCUCAUAAAGUAUUGGGAAGCAUUUCUACCUGAAGCCAAAGCCAUAGCCUAGAAUGAAAAAUAUUCCACGCUCCACUCAUCAAUCGAUAUUCACCGCAUUCCACAAUAAAAUUGUGUUUAAAAUCAAAGAAAAUAUCAAAAUAAACCACUCUAUAUUUUAUUAACAUGUGGCUUCUUUUUAUAUACUACUGCAUUUUAAUGAGUGCUGCAUGUCCUGACCCAUUCCAAUGGACUGUGGCAUGAUAUUCUGCAAUAUUUUGCUGAAUUGAACACUAAUGUGUCUUAAUAUUUUGCAUUUAAAAAGUGCAGAUAAAGGCAAGAAAGUUUUACUUUGAAGUAUUUUCUUUGAAAAAUCAGUUCUGUCAAAUGAUAUUUACCUUAUCUUUAUGAAGCAAAUUGUUGCAUUUAUAAAUGUUCACUUACACAUUCCUGUACAGAUAUUAUGAUUUUGUGAUUAUUAUAAUAAAGGUAUAUUCCUUGUGA